CCAAUAUAUAAUUGUUAAUUUUAAAUAUUCAGUAAUGUUAAUAAUAAUUAUUAAAUAAGGCUUAAUAUCUAGAAAUACUUUUUACGUUUAAGAACAUAAAACGAAAUUUAUUAUGUUAAUAAAAAUUAAGGCCGAAGAAUUUGAAUAGAUUAAAAUAUGUCUGUCCUCAACAAAUUAAGUAUUUGCGGCGUACGAAGUUUCAGUCCCAAUGAAAACGAACAGAUCGUAUUUACUACUCCUGUUACUUUAUUUUUGGGUCAAAAUGGUUGUGGUAAAACUACCAUAAUCGAAUCCAUUAAAUAUGCAUGCACCGGGGAACUACCCUCCGGAAGCAAAGGAGGAAGUGGGUUUCUGAAUAAUCCCAAUCUAACCAAUCAGCAAUCUAUUAAAGGAAACGUCAAAAUUAAGUUUUUCGAUCGACACGGAAACGAAAUUACCAUUGGCCGAUUUAUGCAAGUAGUACUAAGGGACAACAAAGAAACGUUUAAAACUCUUGUGCCACAGAUAAAAAUAGAGAAGCCAGAUGGAACCAAGCAAGAUGUAAGCGGGCGUAUUAGGGACGUUUCAGAUUAUUGCACCCAAGCGUUGAAUGUUUCGGCGCCCAUUUUAAACCACGUUCUAUUCUGUCACCAAGAACAAUCAUCUUGGCCUCUCGAAGAACCCAAAAAACUAAAAGAACGCUUUGAUGAAAUAUUUGAUGCUGCAAAGUACAACAAAUGCGUGGACAGUUUGAGGAAACUGCAAAGAAAAAAGGAAGCUGAUAUUAAAAUGAUAAAGAAUGAUUUGGAUCACCUGCAAAUAAACAAAAAUCGUGCUGAUGAUCUAAAUCACAAAAUAAAUGAUCGCACGACAAAACUGAGCAAUAUUGAAAACAAUAUAACUAGUAAAAAGGAAUCAUUAAUACCAAUAGAAAAUCGUAUAAAGGAAAUUUAUGAGCUUGAAGGCACACUCAGUGACUUGCAAAGGGAACUGACCGCUUUAGAAGAGCAAAAAAAAGGUCUGGUGGAACAACAAAAAAAUAUUAAAAAACAUAUUUCUUUUGUGUGUGAUGGCACCGAUGAGGAUCUGAAACAACAAAUUCAACAAUUUGAGGCUAACACUGAAAAUAAAAAUGAUUUAAUUAUAAAACUUCAACAGAAAAUCACUGACAUCGAUGAAAAAACUCAUCAGCUGCGAGAAAAAGUCCAAAUAAUUCAAAUAAAAAUCGGCCAAUUCAAAGAAGAGCAACGACAGCAAUUAAGUAGGCUCCAAGAACGUAAAAAUCUUAUCCAAACAGCCACCAAACACUUUAAAAAUCAAGAUUGCAGCGAUACCGACACGCUUAAACAUGACGUUAUAAAUGAGUUUAAAGUGGCGCUGGACGCCAGCCAAGUGGCCCUUGAAGAUCUAGUCAUGGAGAUAGAAGCCAAAGAGCAAGAAUUGCAAGUGAACAUCAAUCAAUUAAUUGAGAACCACUCCAAAACCAAACAGGAUAUCGUUUCUAAGAAUAACAUUGUUGUUGAAUGCCAAAGAAGAAUUGACGAAUGUAAAAUAAAAUUGGCAAGUAUGGAUGUUAAAAAUAACAAGAUGAAAAAGUUAAGCAAAGAUUUGGAGGAAACCCAACAAGCCCUCCUUAACCUGACCAAUUCGCUCGAUGAAAAUAAAAUCAAAAAAGAAAUUGAAGAUUCAAAUGAGGAAAUCAAAAAAGUGGGGAAACAUUUGGAAAAACUUGAACAGGAUUAUAAGGUUUUAAUGGAGAAUCACGCAACAGAGGAAAUGAUUGAAAAUGAAAAAACAUCGAUUAUAGAAAAGACAUCAAAGAUUAAUCAAUUAAAAAAUAAACAUUGCGAAGAUUUUUUUAAUUUGUUCGAUGACGAACUGCCCAAUAAUGAAUUAUCUCCUAAAAUUGAAGAAUUAUUAGAAACAAAUGAAUCCAAAGUAAAAAAUCUGAGCAAAAGCAUAAGUGUUAUCCAAAAGAAAGUUAACACAUUAGAGAUUGAAAUUAAAAACAAGAAAAGGGAGAUUCAACAAACUGAAUUAAAAGUAUCAGAGAAACAAGAUAAAAUCAAAAAAGUUUGUAAAGAAAAGCCAAUAAAUGAAUUACUUCAAGAAACAGAAAGAAAAAAGGAACACUUGCAAAGGCAAAAGGGAACACUUAGUUCAACAAAAGUUAUGUAUGAAUCUUAUAUAAAACAAUUUGAAGAAGAAAGUCCUUGCUGUCCAGUUUGCAACACAAAUUUUGCUCAAAAAAACAACGUUAUCAAAGGUAUCAUCGAAUCCCUUAAAAAACAGAUAGAGUGCAGUCCCCAAAAUUUAGCUGACUGCGAAAAAAAACUACAAGUACAAGAAGAAAUGUUUAACAAACUUCAACAGCUCAAACCUUUGAAUUACGAAAUUGAACUCUUGACCACUAAAACUUUACCGGAUUUGAAAAAAGAUUUAAGCCAAUUUAACAAUGAGCUAAAGCUUUUAAAUAUAGAGCUUACAACUAAAACUGCGGAACUGCAAGAACCUGAAAAAACCGUAACACAUUGUAGAAAAGUUCAAAGAGAUGUUGCGCUUAUCGACCAAUAUCGGUUUGAUAUCAAGGAAUCUGAAAGUAGUAUACUCGGUUUAGAACGAAAUAUUGUAUUUGUCUCCACCAAAAAGUCCCGACACGAAACCGAAUCCGAAAUUUUAGAAAUCAAGGACCAAAUAAAUAAUUUGAAACACACAAGUGAGACAAAUAACAAGAAAUUGGAUAUGCACAAAAAACGAUGCCAGGAACUAAGAAUUAAAAAAGAAAAAAACAUGGAAGACAAAAUAAUUUUGCAACGAGACCUUCAAGAAGGUCCACACCUUGAAAAACAAAAAGCUGAAAAUGAAAAAAACCUAAAUAACGCACAGGUAUGUAUAAAGCAGUUAAACAUAAAAGAAAAAGAGCUAAAGGGCGAACUUGACGCUGCCUGUAAUGAGAAAAAAGAAACAGUAAGAAAAAAUAAACAGAUCACCAAAGAGGCAAACGACAAGUUUAACCAAAGUCGAAAAAUAAUCGAAGACCUCGAAAAACUUCAAGGUCAAAUAGAUAAUUAUCUAAGAAAUAAUAAUGAGGAAAAAUUAAAAAUGGAAAACGAUAAAUUAGAAAAAGUUCAAAGUAAAGAACAAGAGUUAAAUGAAAAGAAAAAUGAAUUAUUAACCCUUAUAACAAAAACAAAAGAGGAUUUGGCCAAACAGGAAAGUACCUUUAGAGCAUUGCGCGAUAAUAUUUUAUUAAGAGAAAAACAAGUACAGGAGAAAGGAUUAGAGUCUAAAAUUAAUGAACAAAAAACCAAAAUUGGAGUCCACAAUUACACAUCACUAUUUGAAGAAAAACAACAACUUUUGAAAAAAGAAAAAAAUAUAUCGCGAGAAAUAAAUAACAUAGAAGGGGAAAAAGAAGCUAUUGAAAAAGAAGUUAAAGAUUAUAAAAAGGAACAACAAAAGCCAAUAAAUAAAAACGCUUAUAAAGAUUAUAAAAAAAAAUUAUUCGAACAUUUUAUUGAACAGAAUCAGAAUCGCGAUUUGCAAAAGUACACGGUAGCGCUGGAAAAGUCAAUACUUCGUUUUCACAAAGAUAGAAUGGUUCAUAUUAACAAGGUGAUAAGAGAGUUGUGGCGGGCCAUAUAUCGCGGAAACGAUAUCGAUUACAUUGAAAUAAAAACCGAAGAUGAUAUUGGUUCUGCUCAAAAAAGAACCUAUCAAUACAAGGUGGUGCAGGUGAAGAAGGGCGUUGAAAUCGACAUGAGAACGCGGUGCAGUGCCGGACAACGGGUGCUGGCAUCUUUGGUAAUCAGGAUGGCCUUGGCGGAAACAUUCUCAUCGCAUUGUGGUAUUUUGGCUCUUGAUGAACCGACAACCAAUUUGGACAGACAAAAUAUUUUAAGUUUAAGUGAUGCUCUUGUCAGUUUAAUUGAUUCAAGGAAAGAUGAAAAGAACUUUCAAUUGUUAAUUAUCACACAUGAUGAAGAAUUUUUAAAUACUUUGACUAGAGUUCAAAGUAUUCCACACUUCUGGAAAGUUUCCAGAAAUGAUGAAGGGUUCUCUAUUAUAAAGAAAGUUUCCAUUUAGAUUGUUAAUAUAAUACACG